UCUCCAGACGACGCUCCUCCUGCGAUUGUCAUUCAACAUGGCAGCGGGACCAAUUUCAGAAAGAAACCAGGAUGCCACUGUGUACGUUGGUGGCUUGGACGAGAAGGUGUCAGAGCCGUUACUAUGGGAGCUUUUCCUGCAGGCUGGUCCUGUGGUCAACACACAUAUGCCCAAGGACAGGGUAACUGGCCAACAUCAAGGUUAUGGCUUCGUGGAGUUCCUGAGUGAAGAGGAUGCCGACUAUGCCAUCAAAAUCAUGAAUAUGAUAAAGCUCUAUGGCAAACCAAUCCGGGUCAAUAAGGCCUCGGCACACAACAAGAACCUGGAUGUUGGUGCUAAUAUUUUCAUUGGUAACUUGGACCCAGAGAUUGAUGAGAAACUUCUUUACGACACAUUUAGUGCCUUUGGUGUGAUUCUCCAAACACCAAAGAUCAUGCGAGACCCAGACACCGGCAACUCCAAGGGUUAUGCUUUCAUCAAUUUUGCCAGCUUUGAUGCAUCAGAUGCUGCAAUCGAGGCCAUGAACGGCCAGUACCUCUGUAACAGACCCAUCACCGUGUCGUACGCAUUCAAGAAAGAUUCAAAGGGAGAACGUCACGGCUCGGCCGCAGAGCGACUUUUGGCAGCGCAAAACCCUCUUUCCCAGGCAGACAGACCACAUCAGCUGUUUGCAGAUGCUCCGCCGCCGCCGUCUGCCCCUACACCGGUCCUGACAACUCUGGGAUCAAGCCUUUCCAUGGGUGGCAUGGGUGGUCUUCCACCUCCUGGUGCAUUCCCUCCUGUUCCUCCGCCUGGAUCGAUGCCUCCAUCAAUGCCCCCUUCUAUGUCCAUGCCUCCAUCUGCCGGGACACCAGGUCCCCAGGGUGGUGGACCCCCACCCGGACCACCGCCCUUCCCCCCUGGCAAUAUGCAUCCAGGUAUGCCCCAGAUGCCCAUGCCCCCUCCUGCUCCUCCUGGCAUGGUGCCUCCCCCUCCUGCUCCCCCGGGAUCAGGUCAGCGGGCCCCGCCGCCCCCCAGCAUGCCCCCACCCCCACCGAUGGGGAUGCCUCCCAGAGCACCGUACGGGCCUCCUAUGGGUAUGAGAGGGCCUCCUCCCCCGAUGCCUCCUCCCGGUUACGGCGCCGGUCCUCCUCGUCCACCUCCGUUCCCUCUCCAGAGAGGACCCCCGAUGCCGCCACGGCCCCCCGGUGCCCUGCCCCGGGUUCCUUUGAGGGCGCCGCUGCCACCCUGAUCUAUGUUUACAGAAAAUGGUUGAUAUUGCUUUUAUUUUACACAUGUUUAGAUCUCCUGGAGUUUGCAGGAGUGAUUCCACCGCUUGUUUGUUUCUUGCUCAUUGUACAGAUGAACUACAUUUGGCAAAUAAAACUUUUUAGUACAA